UUUAAGAUUUCCUGUUUCCCUCGCGGCGCUGAAGCGAAGCGGAGUGAGUCAGCCUGGCCGCGCGGAGUCCCGGAGCAGCCAGUCCAGCGCCAGCUGCCGCGGCCUCGCCUCUCUCCUCGGCCGGCCCGGGGCGCAGCUCCCUCGGGGCAGCAGAGGAGCCCGACUUCUUGCCUCGGCUUCCUAUGCGGAGCGGGCUAGACCAUGAGCUGGGAUCGCCUCCGGAGCCUGUGGCUGCUGCACGCUUGCUCGUGUUGGGUGCUCGUAGGCAGCACAACCCCCGCUAAGGCGCAGGGCUCAGAACAAGAAAGUAAUUUGGCUGCAGCAUUUGGGACUCCCUGGAGCCUAGAGAGUAGAGAUUUCAGGAGGACAUGGGAAGAGGGAAUUUCCAGAAUUCCAGAAUGCCGGGACAUGAUCAAAGCUGAUGGUCUCUCACUUAUGGAACAAAUGAAGGAAAACGGAUUCAAAAUGCAUGCGCUGUGUAAAUUCUGUGAUGUGGAGGUGACAACCUGCACACACCAAGGUCACUGCAAAAGCAACUGCAACCGCACUGCCAUCUGUGAGAAUAAGAAUGAAGUCUGUGUAGCAAUAUGGAGACAGAAUGAUGCAAACACAACUUUAGAAACAAUAUGUCAUGAUCCUGCUUUGCCAAUCUCUGGACAAAAAUUGGAGGAGCCUGUCUCAAAACAGUGUGUGAUGAAAGAGAAGAAGGAAGUUGGUGGACUGCUGUUCAUGUGCUCCUGCAUAGAGGAAGAAUGCAAUGAUGAGAUCAUCUUUUCAGAAGCAUAUCCCCCAGACACCGAUGACACUGUUACAGUGAUGCUUAAAAGUCUCAUCCCAUUACUUGUGAUCACCAUUGCUGUGAACAUUAUCUUUUAUGGCUACCGUAUUCAUAGGAGAAGGAAGCUCAACAUGGCAUGGGAGAAGAAUGUAAAGCCCAGGAAACAUAAGGACUGCAGUGAUGCUUGUGCUAUUAUGAUAGACGAUGACCGCUCAGACAUCAGCUCCACUUGUGCCAACAACAUCAACCAUAACACCGAACUGCUGCCCAUUGAGCUAGACACCCUCGUAGGCAAAGGCAGAUUUGCUGAAGUGUACAAGGCCAAGCUGAAGCAAAACACAUCUGAGCAGUUUGAAACCGUGGCUGUCAAAAUCUUCCCCUAUGAAGAAUAUGCCUCCUGGAAGACGGAGAAAGACAUUUUUUCAGAUAUAAACCUCAAGCACGAGAACAUCCUCCAGUUCUUGACAGCAGAGGAGCGUAAGACAGAGCUAGGGAAACAAUACUGGUUGAUCACUGCCUUCCAUGCUAGAGGGAACUUGCAGGAAUAUCUCACACGGCACAUCAUCAGCUGGGAGGACCUAUGGAAGCUAGGUGGGUCUUUGGCUCGAGGGAUUGCCCACCUGCAUAGUGACCACACGCCUUGUGGUCGACCCAAAACGCCCAUUGUGCACAGAGACCUAAAGAGCUCCAAUAUCCUAGUGAAAAAUGAUCUAACCUGCUGCCUCUGUGACUUUGGGUUAUCCCUGAGGCUUGAUCCUACUCUGUCUGUGGAUGAUCUGGCUAACAGUGGGCAGGUUGGCACAGCGAGGUACAUGGCCCCUGAAGUCCUGGAAUCCAGGAUGAAUUUGGACAACAUUGAAUCCUUUAAGCAAACAGAUGUGUAUUCUAUGGCUUUGGUCCUGUGGGAAAUGACGUCUCGUUGUAAUGGUGUUGGAGAAGUGAAAGACUACGAGCCCCCAUUUGGUUCUAAAGUACGAGAGCACCCUUGUGUUGAAAGCAUGAAGGACAAUGUCUUGCGAGAUAGAGGGCGUCCAGAAAUCCCUAGCUCCUGGCUGAACCAUCAGGGUAUCCAGAUGGUGUGUGAGACUCUUAUUGAGUGUUGGGAUCAUGACCCCGAAGCCCGGCUCACUGCGCAGUGUGUGGCUGAGCGUUUCAAUGAGCUUGAGCACCAGGACAGACUCUCAGGAAGAAGUUGUUCAGAGGAGAAAAUCCCAGAAGACUGCACUGUGACCACCACCAAGUAGCAACCAGCUCAGGCUUGUGUAAAGGAGGGAAGUUGCUCCUGAACUCAUGCAGCUUGGAAAAAGAAGAGGUCCUGAUAGAUGCCUGGACUUGCUUCCUGAAGUACUGAGGAUCUUGCCACUCCUUUUAAGCGGUGUCUCCAGAGAGGGACAAGAAUUUGUGGGAACCAAAAGUAGGGAGUUGGUGUCAUACCGUGGGUGCCCUAGAUCUUGUCAUGGCUAAGCUGUGUUAGCACUUCCUCAGGAAACAAGAUUUGACAAUAGCCAAUAAUAUUUGCACUUUAUUAAUGGCUGUAUUGAACUACAGAAUAGCUAUUCUUAUAUAUACAGCCAUACUCUGGAAAGAGUAAAAUGUGCUUCCAGGAAACUACCAGUACCUAAGAGAACCCUGCCCAUUAAGGAAACAAAGGGAGAGGUCUCUCAUGAUACCAGCAACAGCGUGCUAGGCAGGUCACCAAAUGAUUAGGAACAACAGGCAAUAGAAAGGUGGCUUUCGAAUCACAUACUUGUACAUAUCCUGCUGCUGCCUUGCUGCUUUGUGUUUUAGAGAGCUUGUUCACAGCAGACAGACAGAUUUGGCCUCAGAGUCUGUUUCAGUUAUGCAGUAACUAUGCAAUCAUUUCUGCAGCUGGUUCCAAAAGUUUUAGUAUGUAUUGUUCAGUGGGUCACCAGCGCACUCAGAUGCUUAACUAUGUUCCUCAAAAUAUUCCAAAAAAGAGGGGUUGCGUUUGACAUGUCUCUCCAUAUGAAGUCAUUCUCCCUCAGAUGUUUAUUGCUUUGAAUUUACACUUCCUACUAGCAGGCUGCAAAAUAUCAGAGGAACAUGUUUCCUUCGCCUGACCCUAGGAAACCAGGCAAGGCCGAUAAUAAGGCAGCUGUUUUGCAUUUGCUGUACAUUCUGAUGAAAGGCAGUACUUCUUUUUACUCUUCAUGUAUUGAUAUAAAAACAAACACUCUUUAUACACAGCAUGUCUAAUUUCUUGACACACAAGAAAAGCUAUAGGGAAGUCUGAGCAAAGGUCUAUCUAGCCUAGUAUUCUGUCUUCCAGCAGUGCCCCCAGAGGGAAUGAACAGACCA